GUUGUGCCGAUUCAGAAAUCUGAAUCUGACGUGGUGGUGGUCAGCUAGUUCUAUCUUCGCUGCUAAAUCGGGUCUUUAAACCUCAUUCCCAGCUCACGAGACCCUCACUCAUCCCAACAUUUCCUCAUCUCUCUAUCUCUCUCUAUACUAUAUAUAUAUUGAUUAUAUCCAUAUCUGUAUCCUUACAAAUUCGAUUCACAUCCUCGAAGCUUUCGGAGGUUUACUACUAUUUAUCAGGUAAUUCAUUGCAGGUGAUUAUUCACUAUUAUAAAAUGGAAGUUACUGGAGGCUAAAACUUAUCAAGUUCUAUGGCCUUGGCUUAUAUUCGGGCAAUGUGUGGGGGAAAAAACAACAAUUCAGGCACAUUAGAGGUUGGCAUUACACUGGGUAGAACAACUAUCAAGAACUACUUUAGGAAGAGUACAACUGGCAUGGCAUUUGAAUCUGAUUGGACAAGACACCGAAAAUCAUCUGCGUUCACAGCCCACGUGAUCCGUUCUGCAACCUCUUUCAUGCCUUGGUCUUUGAAAAUACCUAUAAGCAAAGGAUAUCAUGAAUUUCUUUAAUCAAAAGCCUUCUAAUCAGUUAUACGAUUAUUUUUUUUUUUUGAGAGGAAUUAUUGAUCAACAUUGGAGUUGUGUCAAUCUCUCAUAACCUUUACUAGCUUCGUUAUCUAGAAAAUGCCCGGUUUUGUUUGUGCAAAAAAGAGACUUACAGAAUCAAAUAUGUGCUUCUCAAAUUCAGUCCAGCAAGAUACCCCAACCCAUUCAAAAAGCAACCCCUUUUUAACUUCUCUGGUUCCUGAUCGUUUGAUCAGCCCCAUCUUACCUGGACUGCCUGAUGAUGUGGCAAAGAAUUGCCUUGCUCUUGUUCCUCGUUCUAACUUCCCUUCUAUGGGUGGCGUCUGCAAGCGAUGGAGGUCCUUUAUCCAAAGCAAAGAGUUCAUCACUGUUCGAAAACUGGCUGGCAUGCUUGAGGAAUGGCUCUAUGUUCUGACUUUGGAUGCUGAAGGAAAGGGGAGCCACUGGGAGGUUUUAGAUUGUUUGGGACAUAAACAUCAUCUUCUCCCUCUGAUGCCUGGUCCUGUAAAGGCUGGGUUUGGGGUGGUAGUUCUCAACGGAAAGCUUCUUGUCAUUGCUGGCUUUUCGAUGAUCGAGGGAACUGGAUCUGCCUCAGCAGAUGUCUACCAAUAUGAUUCUUGCCUAAACAGGUGGAGCAAACUGGCAGACAUGAACGUGGCUCGCUAUGAUUUUGCUUGUGCAGAAGUUAAUGGUGUAAUUUAUGCAGUUGGGGGCUAUGGGAUGGAUGGUGAGUCCCUUUCUAGUGCUGAGAUGUACAACCCUGAUGCUAACAAGUGGACCCUAAUCGAAUCUCUUCGCCGUCCAAGAUGGGGUUGCUUUGCCUGUGGAUUUGAGGGCAAGCUUUAUGUUAUGGGUGGAAGGUCAAGCUUCACAAUUGGAAACUCAAAGUUUGUUGAUGUCUAUUCACCCGAGAGGCACGCCUGGUGCGAGAUGAAAAAUGGUUGCGUUAUGGUCACUGCUCAUGCUGUGUUGGGAAAAAAACUCUUUUGUAUGGAGUGGAAGAAUCAGCGGAAACUAGCUAUAUUCAAUCCAGAGGACAAUUCAUGGAAGAUGGAACCGGUUCCUGUGACUGGGAGCUCAAGAAUCGGGUUCCGGUUUGGCAUACUGGACGGAAAGCUUUUGCUAUUCUCGUUGGAGGAGGAACCUGGUUUUAACACCCUGCUGUAUGAUCCAAAUGCGGCCCCAGGCUCAGAGUGGCAGAUCUCUCAGAUUAAGCCGUCUGGUUUGUGCUUGUGCAGCGUCACUAUAAAGGCAUGAAAGGUGCAUUGCCCUCAUGUUUAUGAUGAUCUUAAGUCUAAAAUGAUUCUGUUGAUUUGCUGGGUGUUCUUUCCUUGACUGAAUUGUUCUUCUUAUUGACAGUCAGUUGCUUGUUUCAUUAGGUCCUGUUAGGUUUCAGAUCUGUCUGCAUAAAUAUUCUUCAGGUGUUAAUUUAAUUGCUUAGUUCUGUAA